CAAACAAACUUAUCAAAUUUCUCUUUUUCGAGUUUCCUCAAAAAAAAAAACACAAAAACUGAGUGCUUCAAAAAUAGUUUCAUUUUACAAAUAAUUUUUUUUUUUAUCUAAAAAAAAUUUCGAAUUUUUCGAACUUUGACGCGUUUUGAUAAUUUGAUCAAAUUGGUUUGUAUUGUUGUAAAAUAACCGCGGAAUAUUAGCGUCGCGACGCAUUGUUGAUUUGAUUUUACGUGUUGAAUACUUAUAACAGUUUUAUCGAAGGCCACCUGUUGCAAGAAUCAUUUAUUUUCUCAUUCUCAUACGCAAAGAAUUUGAUUUGUGAGGCAAGAACAGUUUCAAAGUUUGUGCAUCGAAUUUGGUUUUUCGUUUUGCUGAGUAAAUUUUCAUUUUUUUUUGUUGGCAGUUUAAUCAAGAUUUAUUAAAAUGCGUCACACCGUUUCAAAUACACACAUCAGUGCAAUAGCAUUAACAUUAUUGGUAACAACAUGCGGCUGGUCCGUAGUGGUAUCAGAUGCCACCGAUUCAGAUCAAUUACCAGCAGAUGGUGCUCAAGUGUUUUGGGGUGUACCACCUGCCCAUUUACAAAGUAUUCAUGUUGGACCCGAUCAAGAGACAUUGAAUUAUUUGAUUCCACGUUUAACAGCUAAAUUUCGUCCAAAUGAUGACUGGAUGGGUGUUAACAAUGAUCCACGAUUUUAUGUGCUUAGUGAGUUUGGACGACAAGAUAAUUUAAAUCAGCAGGAACAAGAAAAUCUAUUAGCAUCGAACGACAAUGAUAAAAUGCAAAAACGUGACGGUAAACUUGGCCGCAACGGACCAUCGUUAUCAAUUGUACAGCCAUUAGAUAUAUUACGACAACGAAUGUUACUGGAAAUAGCACGAAGGAAAGCGUUACAACAAGUGAAACAAGUGCAAGCCAAUCGAGAGAUCUUAGAGAACCUGGGUAAACGGAACCUUGGCGGUUUGGCAACGGGUACGCACACAAGACAAUCAACACAGUCCAGAAAUGCAUUGCAAUAUGAUACCUUGUAGAUUAUUAAUUCUAUUUAUUUAUUCAAUCCAUUUCUAUUUUAUUAAUUAUUCUUAAAUUAUUUAUUCUUCUUUAUUUUAUACUUUCUUUUUUUUUUGGAAAAUCACUAAUUUAUUAACUUUUUAUUACCUACAAAAAUAAUAGAACUUGGAUCAGGCAUGUUAUUUAACAGUCAUUUCAGAACGAUUUAAAAUUUGAGAGACUCUGGUCAAUUUUUUCGUUGGGAAAAAUAUGAGAAAAUCCAUAAUAUAAUAAUAAUAUUUGCCUUAAUUUUAGUAGAUAAAUUUCAACAUACUGCAUACGAGAGGACGAAGUUGUUUAUCUUUAUAAAAUAUACAUUUUUUGUGCUUAAAGAUUUUCUGUAUCUCUCAUCGUUUACAAGUUUACGAUUUUGGGUCUUCUAACCCUUCUUCUUUUUUCUCGAUUUUUCCUAAAAACAAUAAGGCCGUUCGUAUCUAUAAAUACUAUUCAUAUAUUUAUCUUCAUUGAAUAUUCAUGAAUUUUAAGCUUUCUGCGCAAAAAAGAAUACCCUUGUUAUGGAAAUUUUUGUAGAGAAAAAAAUAGUUUUGUAGGAGGUUAACAACCUCAUAAAUUUCUAGCGGUUUUGAAAUGACUGUCCAGUAUAACGUCUGGCUUUAGAACUAUAAUAAAAAAUAACAAUUCAGCCAAUUUGUACUUUAUAAUUGAAAAGAUCGGGUACAAAACUGUGUUCCAAUAGCAAGCAAUGAUAAAAAAAUGAUAAACAAAGAAUCGAAAUGUUAAACGAAAGUAUUCGAUUAUCGAAUAAUUGAAAGAUUAUUCAGAAAUAACUUUAUAAAGACAAGAAUUGAGUUGGCAAUUAAAUGAACUCGAAGGCCGAAGUCAAAUUAGAUCUAAGAAAAAGAUGUCUCUUUUCAAACUUAAUACUUUUUGUCUCAACCUGAUUUUAAGGAAAUUUAAUUAUAAUACAUCGAUUAAAAUGACGCACCGUGUAAAAAAAAAUUAAAAUUUUGUACUCGACCUUUUACAAUUAUCAAGCAUUUUCUAGUCUUAUUUGAGUGUACUAAAAACCUGAUUCAUUAUUAAUGAUUCAUCAUACAAUCCGUGUACUAUAUAGCAUGACUCAUUAGAAAAGAACCGGGUUUGAAAAAAAAAUUAAAAUAAUAAUUUUAAAACGUUUGAAAUUUUGGUUAUUGGGUCAUGAUAGUAUAAAUUUAUUUUUAAAAGCUAGGCACUAAUUAAUACUUUUUUUUUUUUAUUUAAUUUAUUUUUUCCCAGAAAUAAAUUUUUUAAGUUAAGCUCGUAAAAAAUCAUGAAUGAAUGAAAAUUAAAUUUGAUAUCUCUUAACAAAAUGAAUUGCCCAGACUGGACGCGAUACCGUGCGACCACUCAAACUUUUAAAUAUUGCCCCAAUAACCAUAAUUUCAGACAAAUAAUAAUUAUUUUACCAGAAAAAUGCACUUGAUUUUAUCAAUUUUUU